UUUUUGUGACAGUAAGCAAAGAUCACGUAGCUGAAAACCUUUCUUUCCUUCUCCUUCGUCCCUGUCUGAGGGAGCCAGGCGCGAUGGGGCGCACCGGGCCUCUGCAGGUCCCCGGGCCUCUGCUCUGCACCGACUCGGUCGGUCUGGGCCUGACAGACAACUUUCGUGAACUAACCACCAGGAGGAGUGAGUGGGCAGGGGAGGGGUUUGUGAUCGGCCUGGGGAGGGUGGAGUAUUGGCUGGAGAGUUUGUGAAAAGUUCUAAGAGGAGCAGGAGGAAGUGGGGGCCGAAAAGUUGAGCUGCACCGGAGGCCGAGGAGCGAGGGGUCUCAAGUGACCCCCGGGAAACCCCGGUGUUUGGGAAGGAUCUGAGCGCCUGCAUGAGAGGAUCUGGUUGGAAGUUCGCCCCUACCUGAGCCGGGAACUCAAGCCGCAGGAUCCGCAGCACUUCCCCCGAGUGCUGGCUGGGUGGCCGCGUCUACGCACGACUCGUGAGGAUCCAGAUGGCCGUAAGGUGGACCUGGGCAGGCAAGAGCUGCCUGCUGCUGGCGCUUUUAACCCUGGCUUAUAUCCUGGUAGAGCUCUCAGUCUCCACUUUGUACGCCUCCCCGGGAGCCGGCCAUGCCAGGCAGCUGGGACCGAGACGGCUCUCAGACCCUGAGACAAGGGGAGAGGAUUUGUCCCAGCCUCUUUAUAUAAAGCCCCCUGCAGAUUCCCAUGCUCUUGGGGAGUGGGGGAGAGCGAGCAAACUCCAGCUCAACGAGGGUGAACUGAAGCAGCAGGAAGAACUCAUUGAGAGAUAUGCCAUCAAUAUUUAUGUCAGUGAUAGGAUCUCCCUGCACCGACACAUAGAGGAUAAAAGAAUGCCUGAGUGUAAAGCCAAGAAGUUCCACUACAGGUCGCUCCCCACCACCUCCGUCAUCAUCGCCUUCUAUAACGAAGCCUGGUCCACUCUGCUUCGAACCAUUCACAGUGUUUUAGAAACUUCUCCUGCAGUGCUCUUGAAGGAGAUCAUCUUGGUCGAUGACUUGAGUGACAGAGUUUAUUUGAAGACACAACUUGAAACUUACAUCAGCAAUCUCGAAAGAGUUCGCUUGAUUAGAACCAAUAAGAGAGAGGGUCUGGUCCGGGCCCGUCUCAUUGGGGCCACUUUUGCCACUGGGGAUGUCCUCACGUUCCUGGAUUGCCACUGUGAGUGUAACACUGGUUGGUUGGAACCACUUUUGGAAAGGAUUAGUAGCGAUGAAACAGCAAUUGUGUGCCCUGUCAUUGAUACUAUAGAUUGGAACACUUUUGAGUUCUACAUGCAGACUGGGGAGCCCAUGAUUGGUGGGUUUGACUGGCGUUUAACAUUCCAGUGGCAUUCUGUCCCCAAACAUGAAAGGGACAGGCGCACAUCAAGAAUUGAUCCCAUCAGGUCACCCACCAUGGCAGGAGGACUGUUUGCCGUCAGCAAGAAGUAUUUUCAGUACCUGGGGACAUACGACACUGGAAUGGAAGUUUGGGGAGGUGAAAAUCUUGAGCUGUCUUUCAGGGUUUGGCAGUGCGGUGGCAAACUGGAGAUCCACCCAUGUUCUCAUGUGGGCCACGUGUUCCCCAAGAGGGCGCCGUAUGCGCGUCCCAAUUUCCUACAGAAUACCGCCAGGGCCGCCGAAGUAUGGAUGGAUGAAUACAAAGAGCAUUUCUACAACCGAAACCCUCCCGCUCGCAAAGAGGCCUAUGGUGAUAUUUCUGAAAGAAAGUUACUGAGGGAACGGCUGGAAUGCAAGAGCUUCGACUGGUAUUUGAAAAACGUGUUUUCCAACUUACAUGUCCCUGAGGAUAGACCUGGCUGGCAUGGAGCUAUUCGUAGCAUGGGCAUCUCUUCCGAGUGCUUGGACUAUAACGCCCCUGAUAACAACCCCACAGGUGCCAACCUUUCCUUGUUUGGAUGUCACGGUCAAGGAGGCAAUCAGUUCUUUGAAUACACUUCAAACAAAGAAAUCAGAUUUAAUUCUGUGACUGAAUUGUGUGCAGAGGUCCCUGAACAAAAAACUCACGUAGGGAUGCAAAACUGUCCCAAAGAUGGUGUCCCUGCUCCAGUAAACAUCGUUUGGCUGUUUAAAGAAGACGGAACUAUUUUCCACCCUCAUACUGGACUGUGCCUUAGUGCUUUCCGGACAUCUGAAGGCCGACCCAGUGUACAGAUGAAAACGUGUAAUGCCCAUGAUAAAAAUCAGAUCUGGAGUUUUGAGAAAUAGAUGAGCAGAACAGCGUCUUCUUUUUGGGAGCUGACAGUGCCUUCUGGAAAGUCCAAGUGCCCAGUGAUGAUUGUAUUGUUCCCAGAAGUCACCCAGUGGAUGGCUGUGAGGCCACUGGAGAGCCGUGGUUCAUUUGGGGCUGUCACUCUGAGACUGGGAGCAUGGAGCACUGUCGCUCAGGAUUUCAAAGUGCCUCCCUUCUUUCCUCGAGGGUUGCUUUACUUAAAAGCUUUGUCGGCGUGGCCACCCUGACUUCUCUUUAAAGAAACUGCUGUGAAUUGAGACGCACACAGCACUUAACUAUGGGCUGGGGGUGGGCUGUGUGUGCAGCUCAGCCGAGUGGGCAAGACCCGUCCGAUCCACAGCACCACAAAAACACACUUAAGUGCAAGGCUUAGUAUUAAAGAGUGUAAAAGUUCAAGCAAAAUGGGAUACGAUUCAUGCUGAUGAGUAAAUUCAUUGCAUGUCCUUUUAUUUUUUUUAUCAAAACUUGUGGAUGUGUAAUUAGAGCUGUUACUGUUUUGAUGAUGGGAUUUAAAUUUUUUUAGGCAGCCCAUUAAAUUUGAGGUUUUUUAGAAACUAAUUUGUCCAUGAUCAAAUAGAAGUUGAGGAAAUUUGACCUUGAGAAAAAAGGCCUGGUGUCGAUAUAUAUUUCAUUGGAUGAGGGUAUUGGUCUGAGUGCAAGUUUGGAGGUCUUUUUUGGACAGAUUUUCUCAGAAACCUAGACUCCCGCCAAAAUGAAAUGGUGAGGCGUUCCCAUUCUGUUCUUUGUAAACAGGAGCUAUUGGACUGACUGACCUAUAUCCAUACCUCACAGCACUCUGCAAGCUGUCCACUCUGUGAAAUUGUUUGUGAUUAUAGGGCAUUUUCUCAUCGCACUUCCUUACGUUGCGAAUGUACUAGAAUGGCACUCAUUCAGAAUUCUGUGCCUCCCUUCGUCAAUGCUUAAUCACUUCAAGUAAACACAAUUGAGGCCUCUCUGAAACUAACCCCAAGUGUGUUUACUGCAGCGUGUGCAACUGAAAGUGAACUCAGUUCUGCAGAAAGUGUUCAACUCCCCCAUGAGUUCUUGCUUACCUGGAAAUUUGGAAGGGUUAUCUUAAGGUUGCAAGGGAAAAAAGGCUGUCUUGGUAGCUGCUGAUUGCUACCUUCAAGCUCAUUGCCAACACCCGGCAGCCUGGCAACUCUCAAAGUGGGUGAACAAGAGGCUUGGUGGCGGGAUGAGCUUGGCUGAGUCAUUUAUCUUGCUUGGUCCUCAGUUUCUUCAUCUGAAUAGCUGGAUUGACUCUUGAGGGUCCCUUUCAACCUGAAAGUUCAAUGAUAACAUCCUUCUGCCGGUUCCUCACCCAUGGUGAUUUUUAGGAACACUUUUGUGUCCUUACUUUUAACAUAGGUAGUGCGGAACCGCUGAGCAGUGUUCAGUUUUGAAGACAGAGAAACAGCUUUUAAAUUCCCAUGACCCGAACUCACCUGAAGUGGUGUGUUUCUCAGUGGAGUUAUUAUAGUUAGUUUUAUAGUCAUUUUAUUUAAUGAUUGUUGAACUGAUGUGUUUGUUAAACGUCUUCAGCUUUCAAAGGAAUAUAAAUAUUUUCCAAACUAAGUUAUUUCAAAACUAAAUAAGUCUUAAGACAUUUCUACUGGUUCCCUACUAACAUUUUAUUCAGAAAUCACAAGCUAAAUUUGGGAGUGAGCCACAGCUUCUUGACUGUGGUAUGAAAAACGCAUGUUCCAUAGAGAAACCAGUCCUCAGGAAUUCAAAAGGAAAUUGUUUUCAGUGUUCACUUGACAGCUUGCGUGGAGAGAGGGAACUUUGUAAACUGGGGAUUUAAGUAAAUUGUUUAGGGUGACCACUUCAAAACAUUAAAGUUUGUAUGGACUUGUGACUUUUGUUCUCAUUGACUCUUAGAAUAAAAAUCUGUUGCCA